AUGGCGGAGGUCUCCACUGCAGUCAAGACGUCCGACAGUCAUAGUCGCAGUCGCGAUCGCCCGAUCGCUCGAGCCGCGACAACGCCCGUCGAGCCCGGCUCGUCCGGCAGCAACAGCAACAGCAACAGCACCGAUGGCGGCAAGCCCGCCCUCGUCAGGUCUUCGCACAGUACUCCGAUCGGAGCCACGAAUGUCGCACCGGUCUACGGAGACGCGAAAGAUGCCCGCAAGAGCCUGGCAGGUCUGGUGACAGCGCAGGCCAGUUCGUCGCCGGACGAAUUGUCCCAAAGCCCGAUCGACCCUCUCUCCCAGCACAUCCUCAAACGGACGCAGACGGACAAGUCGCUCUCGUCCAAGCUGCGAUUGCAAUCUACGCAUGGCCCGGAAGCUGGCGGAACAGACGGCGCGUCCAAGUUGAGCCCGACAGAUCAAGGCGUUCUACGGGGAGACAUAUCUGGGGCCCUGAAGAAUACCAAAGACAAAAAGAAAGGUGUUUCGUUUCUCAGUCGCUUUAUCGGCUCCAAGAGGAAGGACCAGCUCUCCGAGUCGAAUGACAAUGCAUCCGAUCUUCAAGACGACGGAACUAAUGGCAUGGAUGAAAUCUUUGCCCACCCCGUAGGGUUCAUUCCACGAUUCCCUCCGCCGCCGAAGUAUAUCAAGGCAAAGGCCUACUACAAGAAACAGCGCACGUUCGACCGUGUCUUCCUGGCUCAGGAACUCCGUGGGACCGAUGAUGCAGCCGCCGGGGGAGAGGAUUCUUGGUCGACGAACCAGAAGGCCAUCUGGGCGCUGGAGUUCUCGAAGGACGGGAAAUACUUAGCAGCCGCUGGUCAGGAUAAGACCGUCCGCGUCUGGGCAGUCAUCACGAAUGCGGAGGAUCGGGAAGCCCAUGAACAGGAAGAGGACGAGGCCAAGGGCGAAGAUGAAGGAUUACGGUUGACUGCUCCCGUGUUCAAGUCGAAACCGAUUCGGGAGUACACAGGGCACAUGGGGAGCGUGCUAGACUUGAGUUGGAGCAAGAAUAACUUCCUUCUCUCUUCGUCCAUGGAUAGAACCGUUCGCCUGUGGCAUGUCAGCAGCGAUUUCGUCACUUCCAUUCAGUUCCAUCCCCGAGAUGAUCGCUUCUUCCUCGCCGGAUCGCUGGACUCGAAGCUCCGGCUGUGGAGCAUCCCGGACAAGAGCGUGGCUUUCUGGGCGACAGUCCCCGACAUGAUCACCGCCGUCGCCUUUACGCCCGACGGCAAACAUUCGAUUGCUGGGUGUCUGAAUGGCCUCUGUGUUCUGUACGAGACGGAUGGUCUGAAGGCCACGGCGCAGGUCCAUGUGCGUUCCGCUCGGGGACGGAAUGCCAAGGGCAGCAAGAUCACCGGCAUCGACACGAUCAUGCAGCCCCCCAACGAUCCAAAGGGCGAGGUGAAGCUCUUGAUCACCAGCAACGAUUCCCGCAUCCGACUGUACAAUUUUCGGGAUCGCAGUCUCGAGGCCAAAUACCGGGGCAAUGAGAACACCACCAGCCAGAUCCGUGCGUCGUUCAGUGACGACGGAAAACAUAUCAUCUGCGGUAGUGAGGACCGUCGAACGUACAUCUGGCCGACGGGAUCAGGCGAGAAGGAGCCUGAUAAGCGCGCGGUCGAGGUGCUGGAAACGCGCACUGCCAUCGUGACGUGUGCCGUGAUGGCCCCGACGGCGACGAAGCAGCUCCUGGGUUUCUCAGGAGACCCGGUCUACGAUUUGUGCAACCCGCCUCCGGUCACUCUGGUCAGCCAGACCGAGUCGUCCAAGCCGAACGGACAAAACUCCACCGAGGACCCUCUUGCCGCCCGGGCAAAUGACGCAUUGAAAGCGCAGGCAUCGCCGGCGUACCUUGCGCGAUCGACCCAUCCAGGUGGAAACAUCAUCAUCGUCGCUGACUACUUGGGGAAGAUCAAAGUUUUCCGCCAGGAUUGCGCCUACCAGAAGCGACCUAACGACUGGGAUGCCAGUUCCACUUUUUCUCGGAAACUCCUGGGCCGUUCGAACUCGGCUCGCCAUAGCAUUGCGUCGUCGAUCGGGCGCGAAUCCAAGACGCCAUCCGAGCGGAUUCUGGCCUGGCGGAAUUCGGUCAUUGGCACCGAGCUUGCCAGUGUCAGCUCGCGCGAUAUCCGGCCAGGAAGCUCGUCUCCUCGAAAGUCUCUCAGUCGGCGAUCGCGCUAUUCUAGCCCGGUGCGGAGUGCUGUCACCAAGAGCGAAUCGGGUUAUGAGACCCCUCGAUCGCGUUCGUCCAUCGGCAGCCGUGGCUCCGACAGAGACGAGUCCAAACCGAGCGUGCUCGUCGGAGAGCCGGAAUCGCCGUCAUCGCCCGAGAUACCACCGGACGGGAACGAGGGUCUUGCGGCUUCGUUCACAGAGACUGGGCAGAGCAACGCAUUUUGGGCCAAAGCGGCGCAGACGAUUCAGUCGGCCAAUUCGCAGCGAUUCUUGAAUCCCAACGACGUGCAAGGGGAACGUCGGAGGUCGAGCGUGCCGAGCGCGCUGAGCAGCGACCUGAGUUCGCUGAGCGGCGAUCCGGACGAGGGGGAGGUUCUGCGAUGCGCGCGCUGUCGAGGCACGAAUUUCCGGGCGACGAAGACGCGCGGCAGGCAGAGACUGGUGUGUGUGAAAUGCAACACGCCGCAGACGAUGUAG